AUGGGCACCGAGAAUGAAGGUCCAGGGCCAGACUGUCAGAAGCAGUUUCAGGCUGCAGUCAGCGUCAUUCAGAGCCUGCCCAAAAAUGGUUCUUACCGACCCUCCUACGAAGAGAUGCUACGAUUCUACAGUUACUAUAAACAGGCUACUAUGGGGCCCUGCCUGGUUCCCCGACCUGGUUUCUGGGAUCCCAUUGGACGUUAUAAAUGGGAUGCCUGGAACAGCCUGGGCAAGAUGAGCAGGAAGGAGGCCAUGUCCGCUUACAUCGCUGAGAUGAAGGUGGUGGCGCAGAAGGUGAUUGACACAGUGCCGCUGGGCGAGGUGGCAGAGGACAUGUUUGGUUACUUUGAGCCCCUGUACCAGGUGAUCCCCGACAUGCCAAGGCCCCCGGAAAUCUUCCUGAGAAGAGUCACAGGUCGGAAAGAGCAGGUAUUGAAUGUUGGGACUGACCUAGAGCCUUCCUGUCCCCCAAAGGAAUCGACCCCUCCCAGCCAAGAGCCGCAGAUACCCAGGGACCUGGAUUCCGAGGUUUUCUGUGAUUCCCUGGAGCAGCUAGAACAGCUCGAGCCAGGAGUGGUUUGGGAAGAGCAGAGGGGAGCACUUGGAGGAGAGCUUGAUACCCGGACCAGCCCCGGGCCCACCAGAGAGGAGGAGUCCUUGGGGAGCAGCCUGCUAGGACACCAGGAAUUGGACACGUGGCUGGUGGGGACAGUUCGGGCGCUGCAGGAAAACAUGCGGGAUAUCCAGGGGAGACUGCAGAGUCUGGAGAGCAUGGCCCUCCCCCACAAACAGAUACCCCCAUCCAGUGGCCGGCCUUGGCCCUUCAGACUCUCAGGUCCCACGCUGCUCUUCUUCCUCCUGUGGCCCUUCGUUGUCCAGUGGCUCUUCAGACAGUUUCGGGCCCAGAAGAGGUGA